GAUGACUUGGAUUUGUUUUUCAUGCAGUGAAAACGGGCGUAAAAGAACUACAUUCCGCUUUGGCAACAAGGGCUCCGAGUUAGUGAAGUUUAACCUGAUCGACAUCCUUGCCAUCGGGUCGAGCUAAAGCACAGCAAGCUAUGGAUUUGACAUCUUUUGGACCAUCAAAUUUUACUGUGGAGCCAGAUCUUCACCCACUAUACCCAAAUUCAAUCGCAAUAUCAUCUCUCCUGUCGUCGCAAUCCAGUCUAACUUCCUCACAAAAGGCAGAACUUGUAUCUCAUUGCCUGAUCCGCUCGUGUGUGUUCGGCGAGCUCCCUGUACUUUCAUAUCUUUUCGCCGAUCCCCACGCUAAAGUAUUUCUCGAUUUGAAUGCACAAGACGAGGAUGGACUGUGUUUGGUUAGCUUGGCAAUACAAGGAUUUGGAUCAGAGUCUGAAAGAGAUGUAGAACGAGAAGAGUGUGUUCGCCUCCUGAUUGCUCAGGGAGCAAAUGUGAACUGUGCAGAUCAAGCUGGUUGGACACCUCUACACUAUGCCGCUCUACUGUCUCCUCCGACUUUAGUCUCUCAUCUAAUGACUCACGGAUGCUCUCCCUUCUCUUUGACACGCCGCCAGCUCACGCCCUUAGACAUAGUCAGUGCUCAUACUCCGUUACCCGGACGUGAAGAUGUCAGUCUAUUGUUAGAGGAAGCCAUGCGUAGCCAGGGCUGGACGGGGGGAAGGAUCGUUAACGUCAGGAAGUCAUUGGAUGAGCGCAUCAAAAGAUGUGAAAAAGAGAAAAGAGUUCGUGACGAGGUUUCAAAUAUACUCCAAGUUGACUAUCGGUGGUGGGGCGCCGAUGAGUUGAAUGAUUCGUACCUUCAGUUGGAUGAUGACGAGACUGAUGAAAUGGAUGAAAGUUUUUAUACACCACCGUUAGGUUAUUCAUCGAUGCUGGUCUUUUCACCAGACGAACUUCCUCAUUUACUACAGUCCACCAUCACCGACUUUCAGCCUUCUUUACGGAAUACCCAGCCUGCCAAUGUCUUGUAUAUGAUGGCGCGCUUUGCUUGCUUGACCUGCGAUCGAACAUGGCUUGAAGAUUUAAUAAUAGGAGCUACUGAUGCCAUCGAGGAAAAGAUUUUUAGUCGAUCGGAAGACAUCACUUGCCUCGUGUUCUGGUUAUACAACAGCACUAUAUGGCUCCAUCUCAUGCAGUGCGAUAACUCGAUAAACGAAUCAUGCGAGAUGCUUGGUUCUUUCGUGCUCAUAGAAGAAGUAAUCAAUUCUGUGUUUGUAUUUAUCAUUCGCUUUGCCGAGAGGAAAAUCGAUGCACUACUCGAUGUUGCACUGCUGGAUCACUCUCCUCUCUCUUCUGAGCUAGACUCGGUGCAAUUCGAAUCAGAGUGGUCUUUUCUACGACCAUUUAGUACAAAGAAGAAAGCUGCAAAGUUCUCUUCUGGCGCGAAUGGCAUGUCAUCGCGCAGCAGAACACCAUCGUCACCCCUGGUUCUCCCCAUUAGACCAUCCUCUCCUUCGGUACAGCCAACGCUUGGUGCUGCUAUUGCUCCAAAAGGUUUUUCGUCCCUAAGGCAAAGUUUAUCUCUUGCAAGGCCUCCCUCGGCCCCUCUACAGUCUCUAUUUUCUGAUCCACCACUUUCACCAUCCCCAUACAAUGUCACGGCCUUCCUCACCGCUCUGCAUACACUGCUAACUUUAGCAGGAGUUAAUCCGGCGUUAACAAUACAACUGUGGUCGCAAGUGAUGUACUGGACUUCAUGUGAAAUCUUCAACCGAGUACUAACCCGAAAGAAGUAUAUUUGCCGCUCGAGAGCAAUCCAAAUAAGAAUAAAUUUGAAUGUGCUUGAGGAAUGGAUUGAUGAGAUGGGCUUACCCAGAGGAAUAUCCGCCCAUUUUUGUGCAGUUCGAGAUCUGUUGAAUUGGUUGCAGCGUCUGUCUUCAAUAACAGAUUUUCCGAACCUUGUUGCAACCAUACAGACGAUGAAGAACAUCAAUCCCUUACAGAUGCGGCGGGCUGUCCGCGAUUAUAAGUACGAAAUACAUGAAGGGAGAAUGACAGAAGAGUGCAUUCAAUAUCUCACGCAACUUCAGAAAGACUGGGAGCGGCAUCGUGUCAAGUUGGGGGUACAAGCAUUACGGAAGGAGAUUAGUGAUCGGGAACAGGAGCGUGAAGGGGGCUCCGCCCGAGAAAAUUGUGGCAUAGACCUAUCUCACACUACCAUCUCGGAAUCAUCUGCCGCUCAGCAUUGCAUCGACCUUCUAUUUCAACAGAGGGAAGAAGCAGCUCCAUGGGAACCGGCGAAGCCUCCCCAAGUGCUUGGAGAGUUACUAGACUCUCGAUAUAUGCUUCCAUUGUUAUUUCCGUCGGAUCCUCGCAUGCUGUCUGUUUCCUCUGUCACCAGUAUCAGUGUUAUUACCUCCUCUCAACAAAGUGCCCAGCGUUCCGAUACCGGAUGCAGUAUUAGCCGUGCGGGUGUUAGAAACAAAGGUGUUGUAGAUUGGAGGUCCCAGAGCAGGAAGGUCCGUGAUAUAGGCAUCGAGGCUUUGCAGCAGGUGGAUGGUAUCAGGUAUACUGCUCGAUGGAUGCGACCUGACGAAGGCGUUGAAAACGACAUUGCAUUCAGACGUGCCACCCCGCUCACACGAAAGCCUUCUAAGGGGAGAUUAAGCCUUGAUGCAAAUCACCACCCUCAGACCGACAGUUCGUAUUAUCUACAUUAAAUUUUGAUAGCAUAAUUUGCCUUUUGUUUCAUAAUUGUGUUCAGAGUACAAUAGCAAGCAAGUUCUAGGAUGUCAGG